AUGUGUCCUGUUAUUGAACCUACACACCCUAAAUACAAAGAUGAUUACAGGAAAAUUCUCUUAGAUAGUAGAACUUGGUUGCAUAUUGAAGUUACUCUAGAUGGCACAGCCACAAAUAUUCAUCUCAUUGGUAAUUCAGAAGUAUGGAGUGAUAAGCUGCAUUCUGGUCUUUUAUCCUGGGACCAUGACAAAGAUAUUGUUGAAAAUAUUAUGAUCAUAUUUGAUAUAUCCAGGUCUCCAUCAGAUCUUCAUCUUCUGAACCUGACCAAACCAGAGUCUGAUGUUAUUGCAGAAACAAGAUCUUGUGGGAUUUGUCUAUGCAAUGAACUACCUGGCAAUGCUGGCAUUCCACAGCCACUUUGUCAAAACUCUGUUUGUGGGGUUUUUUUUCACAGGAGCUGCUUAUUUGAGUGGUUGUUAGCAUGCACAGGAGGCCGCCCGCCAGCCUUCCAAGUUGCGACUGGAAGUUGUCCUACAUGUCUUCACCCAAUUGCUUGUUCUCAAACAGAUGAGAGAAUAUCCAAG